AUGGAGGCAGGAGGACAAAGACGAGGAAAACAGUCUUGGUGCAUAGCGCUCAGCUUUUCCGUGAUGCUCAGCUGUGUGGAGUGGGUUUCAGCUCAGAUAAAAUAUUCAAUUCCAGAGGAAGUAAAAUUGGGGUCUGCUGUCGGAAAUGUUGCCAAGGAUCUGGGAUUGGAAAUCAGCUCACUGGAGGAACGACGGUUUCGCAUUGUCUCUGGAGCUGAUAAUGCGCAGUUUAAAGUAAAUCCGAACAAUGGCCUUUUGCACGUUCAUGAAAAUAUCGACCGAGAGGAGCUCUGUGAAAGCAUUUCCCCAUGUUUGAUAAACCUAAAAUUUGUAGCUGAUAACCCAAUGGAAAUACAUUAUGUAGGAGUCGAAAUCAUAGACGUAAAUGAUAAUUCACCGAGCUUUCCAGAUGAGGAAAAAAUAUUAGAAAUUCCAGAAUCCACUGUCCAAGGAAAACAUUUCCAGUUGCCAGCUGCGCGGGAUCCAGAUGUUGUUACUAAUACAGUGCGUAUGUACAAAUUAAACCCUAACGAUCACUUUAGUUUGCAAAUUCGGGAGAGGGGAGAGGACAAGAUACCAUUCUUAGUUUUACAAAAGUCUCUGGAUCGGGAAAAGGAGCAGGAGCACAAACUAAUUGUGACAGCAGUUGACGGUGGAAAUCCACCGAGAUCAGGAACUCUUAAUGUCACUGUUAUAGUCCUCGAUUCAAAUGAUAACCAUCCUACAUUUAGCCAAGAAGUUUAUUCAGUAACGAUACCGGAACAUGUAGACGUGGAUAGAAGUGUAAUUAUGGUAAAGGCGACUGAUCUGGACGAUGGAGUAAAUGGAGAAAUUGAAUACUUCUUUGGUGAGGAACAUGAACCUAAGUUGUAUGAUACGUUUACCUUAGAUAAAGACACUGGUGAAAUACGAGUAAAGGGCGAAAUUGACUUUGAGAAUAUUGAGGUAUACAAGUUGGACGUCCACGCAACAGACAAAGGACAACCUCCGAUGAGUACCGAUUGCAGGGUAAUCAUCAAGGUGCUGGACGUAAACGACAAUAAACCUGAGAUAGAGGUGACAUCGUUGUCAAAGCUGAUAUCAGAAGAUUCAAAACCUGGGACUGUGGUGGCUUUAAUCAGUAUUACAGACCAAGACUCAGGUUUAAACGGUAAAGUAAUAUGUAGUCUUUCAGACAAUGUACCAUUCGAUUUAAAACCAUCAUUUCAAGAUAAUAUGUACUCUUUAGUCUUAAAACAUAAACUGGACCGAGAAUCAGUUUCCCAUUAUGACGUCACAAUAACAGCUACAGACUGUGGCGUGCCUCCUCUGUCCAUAUCCAGAACUCUGAGUAUUGAUGUAUCAGACGUGAAUGAUAACGUACCAGAAUUUGCACAGAAUCCAGUUGAACUUUACCUGGUAGAAAACAACGUGCCUGGAAAGCCAAUAUUUUCAAUUUCUGCCUCAGAUAAAGACUUGAAUGAAAACGCGGCAUUAAAUUAUCGUAUAAUUAGAGAGGAAAGCAGGCAACAAAAAAAUGCAAUAUUUUUAAACAUCAAUUCAGAUAAUGGAGAAAUCACUGCACUAAAAAGUUUUGAUUUUGAAACGCUGAAAACUUUCCAGUUCCAAGUUGUUGCCUCAGAUUCUGGAACUCCGUCACUCAGCAGCAACGUCACAGUCAACGUGUUCAUCCUGGAUCAGAACGACAACGCUCCAGUCAUCCUGUAUCCACUCAGCACCAAUGGUUCUGCUGAAGGUGUGGAGGAGAUUCCCCGCAAUGUCAAUGCAGGACAUUUGGUGACUAAAGUCAGAGCCUAUGACGCUGAUAUAGGAUAUAACGGCUGGUUGCUCUUUUCACUGCAGCAAGUUACUGACCACAGUCUCUUUGGUUUGGACCGCUAUACAGGACAGAUCAGAACACUUCGCUCAUUCACAGAGACAGACGAGGCUGAGCAUAAACUGGUCAUACUGGUCAAAGACAACGGCAACGUUUCUCUCUCAGCAACAGCUACUGUGAUUGUCAAACUUGUGGAGCCCAAAGAGGCGUUCGCAGCUUCUGAUGUUAAAAGUGCAGCAAAAGAUGAUGAUGGCAAUAAUGUGACUUUUUACCUCUUGAUAACUUUGGGCUCAGUUUCUGUGCUUUUCCUCGUCAGUAUCAUCGUGCUGAUUGCAAUGCAGUGCUCCAAAUCCACAGACUAUACUUCUAAAUAUCUGCCAGAGACUAAUUAUGAUGGGACACUGUGUCACAGCAUCCAGUACAGAUCAGGAGAGAAACGGUACAUGUUAGUUGGACCGAGAAUGAGUAUAGGAUCUACUAUAGUCCCUGGAAGUCAUGCAAAUACACUUGUGCUUCCUGACAGGAGAGGUACUACGGAAGAGGUAAGACCUUAA